AAUUGUCAAGCAAGUUAUGACCUUUUUUGAAACUGCACAUUUUAAAAUGAUCAUAACAGAGCUAAACUUGAUUUUCUGAGCUUCGAGUUUGCUAAAUUUCUAAGACGGGGACAACACAAGUGGGUAUUACGUAGUUUUAAUGAAAACAUAAAAUCAUAUUUAUCACUGUUUCGAAAUUUUGUGUAAUUAAUUAGGUGAAUAAAAAAUGCUGGUUAAGACAACAUUCAUAAAACAGUUAAUUGUUUGAAAUUCAUGGCCUUUGAAAAAGUUACUUAGGCAAUAAAAAAAUCAAAAAAGAGAAAUAUGCCUAAAGAGCAUAAGAAACAUGCAAAGUAAAAUAACACUUCCAGUUUCAUCUGAACAUAAAGUUGAUUUAAGUCUAUUUUUGUGUAAGCCACAGUAAAACAAUUUAUAUUAUGUAUAUGCUAAAAUGUCCUCUGCAUCCCUAUAACUGAUACCGUACAUUGGUCGGAUUUCGUAUUAUUUUUUAUAUACCUAACAGAAGUACGUAUUAGUAGUUAAAAAAUAAAUAUAAAUGGACUUAUAUCUGUGCGUUGUUGCCGGCAGUGUACACUCAGAUGCAGAUGAAGCAGAACGCGAGGAACGGCAGAUCAUCGGAGGAGGACGAUGACGACGUGGCGUCGCGGUCGCGGCACUCGGCCCGAUCGCCGCCGUACUCGCCACCGUUCUCGCCGCGUCUGGGCCGACAGGCGAUCAUGGCGCGGCCGCAAGUGCCCAGACUGGGCCGCCAAACGUUGCUAUACCGGCGGGACGCCAGGAACGCGUUGUACCAGCAGUCGAACGCGACGCUGCUCAGACAACAGCGACAGCAGCAGCAGCAGCAGCAGCAGCAGCAGCAACAACAGCCACUACAAGCCGCCACCGAAUCGGCGGCGGUGCGACGUCAGGCCGUGUAGACGACUUUCGCGGGCUGCAUCACUUGUGCUUUGAACCGGACGAUCGACACAAGAACGAAACUCACACAUUCAUUAUAUAUGUUAUAUUAUAUAUUAUGAUUUAGCGUAGUCGGUAUUUUUCGUAGUCUAAUAAAAACGAUAAUGAUAAUAUUAUUAUUAUUAUUAUUAUUGAUAUAA